UUCAAGAGGAAGAAGAAAAGAGAAACUUGAAGCUAGAGAGAGAGAGCUCGAUUUUGGGGGAGAAAAAGAGCCCAAAAUGUCAUCAAACAGCCCCAAAGUUUUAGCCGCGCUAGGAGAGCUUCCGAGGCAAGUUUUGGAGAGUUUCGGUAAAGAAAAACAAGUUGGACGCAUAAGCGUAGCUAGUAAGGCGCGGCACAGGUACACCCAGAUGAAUAGAAGUUAUUAUAGAAGAUGUUCCAGCGGGGUUAGCAACUCCACUUGUUCCUGGGGUGCUGCCGAGUCAGAUUAUAAGCGCUAUGAUAUUUUAUUCGAAGUUAGAGACUUUGCAGACAGAGUUGUGGGUAUAGAGUGUCAGCUUUGUAAGCUGCGUCACCAGCCGAUAGGUUAUUAUGAAGUAUGUCACAGUUGUAUCGGCUGAUGGAUUUUUGGAAAGCAGGAUUCGAGAAGCUUAGUUAUGUUUUUUCAUUUCUUAUUUAUGUAAAAUUCUAAAGAGAUUGAGAAUGUAAUAUGAGUUAGCGGGUUCGCUCGGCUCCGAGCACGGGGUCGAGUGCCUAUCACACCCUAUUUAUAUCGGGGUGUGAUAAUUUCACGCUAGCCUUUUCAGUUUUCUUCACAUGCAUUGCACAACUAAUACUACAAAGCAAUAGACAUGCAUACAUACAAAAUUUUGAAUCAUA